AUGGCGGAUUUCCCUGCUACGGAGAACGGCAAGAUCUCGUUCAAGAACCGCGUGGUGGUUGUUACCGGUGCUGGUGGUGGCCUGGGUAAGACGUAUGCACUGUUCUUCGCGUCGCGCGGCGCCAAGGUGCUGGUCAACGACCUGGGUAAGACGCCUGAGGGCAAGCCGGCGGCCGAUCUCGUGGUCGAGGAGAUCACCAAGAACGGCGGCGAGGCGAUCGCCAACUACGACUCGAAUACGGCCGGCGCGAAGAUCAUCCAGCAGGUGAUCGACAAGUGGGGCCGCGUCGAUGUGCUCAUCAACAAUGCGGGCAUCCUGCGCGACCGCUCGUUCAAGUCGAUGUCCGACAAGGAGUUCGACCAGGUGCUGGCCGUCCACGUGCACGGCUCGUUCGCCUGCGCUCACGCUGCGUGGCCGUACAUGCGCAAGCAGAAGUUUGGCCGUAUCAUCAACACGUCGUCGGCGGCCGGCCUGUACGGCAACUUUGGCCAGGCCAACUACUCGGCGGCCAAGAUGGCGCUCGUUGCGUUCAGCAAGACGCUCGGUAUUGAGGGCGAGAAGUACAACAUCCUCGCGAACUCGAUCGCGCCGGUGGCGGCCUCGAAGAUGACCGAGACGGUCAUGCCGCCCGAGAUGCUCGAGAACCUCAAGCCCGACUACGUGGUGCCGAUCGUCGCGUUCCUGUGCUCGGCGCAGAACGAGAACGUCAACGGCGAGGUGUUCGAGAUGGGCGCUGGCUUCUACGCCAUGCUGCGCCGCGAGCGCUCGCGCGGCCAUGUGUUCCGCACGGACGCGAGCUUCACCCCCGAGGCGGUGCGCGAGCAGAUGGACGCGAUCCUCGACUUUGACGAGUCGCCCGAGUACCCCAAGCGCAUCACCGACGCCAACCUGGUCGAGCUGCUUGAGCGCGCCAAGGAGGCGCCGGAGAACAAGCAGGGCGACGGCAAGAUCCCCUACGACGGUCAGACGGUGCUGAUUACCGGUGCCGGUGCGGGUCUGGGCCGUGCGUACGCGCUGCUGUUCGCUAAGCUCGGCGCGAACGUCGUGGUGAACGACAUGAGCGAGAAGAACGCGCUUGCCGUCGUCGACGAGAUCAAGAACGCCGGCGGCAAGGCGGCGCCGAGCAUCGGCUCGGUCGAGGACGGCGACAAGCUCGUCAAGGACGCACUCGAUGCGUUCGGCGGCCUGCACACGAUCGUGAACAACGCUGGUGUGCUGCGCGACAAGUCGUUCGCUGGCGCGAGCGAGCAGGACUGGCACCUCGUGCUCAACGUGCACCUGCGCGGCACCUACAAGGUGUGCAAGGCGGCGUGGCCCAUCUUCCUGAAGCAAAAGUACGGCCGCAUCAUCAACACGACGUCGGCGGUCGGCAUCUACGGCAACUUUGGCCAGGCCAACUACUCGACGGCCAAGUCGGGUAUCCUGGGUCUCACGCAGACGCUCGCUGUCGAGGGUGAGAAGUACAACAUCCUGGCGAACACGAUUGCGCCGAAUGCCGGCACGGCCAUGACUGCGACCAUCUGGCCGCAGGAGAUGGUCGACGCGUUCAAGCCCGACUUUGUUGCGCCGCUUGUCGCAUACCUGGGAAGCGAGGCGUGUGAGGUCACGAAGGGCCUGUUCGAGGUGUCCGGUGGCUGGAUCGCGGCCGUGCGCUGGGAACGCGCGGGCGGCUGCGCCUUCGCGACGGGCAAGCCUGUGACGCCCGAGAUGGUCCAGAAGAAGUGGGCCCGGAUCACCGACUUUGACCCGGAGCGUGCCAGCUGGCCGUCGGCGCCGAGCGAGUCGCUGGGCGACAUGGUCUCCAACUUCGGCAACACGGAGGACGAGGAGGAGGAGGAGACGGGCGACUUUAUCGACCCCGAGGACACGGACGAGAUCAAGGCUGCGAAGCAGGCGCAGUACGAGGCGACGCCGUUCGAGUACACGGACCGCGACGUGAUUCUGUACAACCUCGGUGUCGGCGCCACGGAGAAGGACCUGGACCUCGUGUACGAGCAGGCGGAGAACUUCCAGGCGGUGCCGACGUUUGGCGUGAUCCCGCCGUUCGCCGCGGGCAGCAGCAUCUCGUUCGACUCGUUCCUGCCGAACUUCUCGCCGAUGAUGCUCCUGCAUGGCGAGCAGUACCUUGCGAUCAAGGGCCCGAUUCCCACGGAGGCCAAGCUCGAGAGCAGGCCGCGCGUCAUUGAGGUGCUCGACAAGGGCAAGGCGGCGGCCGUCACGACGCUGACGACGACCGUGAACGCGUCGACGGGCGAGCCGGUGUUCGAGAACCAGAUGACCUGCUUCAUCCGUGGCUCGGGCGGCUUCGGCGGCAAGAAGACGGGCUCGGACCGCGGUGCGGCGACGGCGGCGAACAAGCCGCCGUCGCGCCCCGCCGACAAGGUCGUGCGCGAGAAGACCGACGAGGCGCAGGCCGCGCUGUACCGCCUGAGUGGCGACUACAACCCGCUGCACAUUGACCCGAACUUUGCGGCGGUCGGCGGCUUCGACAAGCCGAUCCUGCACGGCCUGUGCUCGUUCGGUAUUGCGGGCAAGCACGUCUUCCGUGCGUUCGGCCCGUACAAGGACAUCAAGGCGCGCUUCACCGGCCACGUGUUCCCCGGCGAGACGCUCGAGACGUCCAUGUGGAAGGAGGGCAACAAGGUCAUCUUUGUGACCAAGGUCGUAGAGCGCAACACGCAGGCGCUCGGCGCCGCGGCGGUGACGCUCGACAACUAA